GAUACAUGGUGUCAACCUUGUAAUGCUAAAAGAUUUAAGGAAAAUUUUAAAAAUUGGACUAGUGGAAAUAAAAAUAUUGAUGAAUUAAUACAACAAUCACAACUUAAUGCUUUACAUACUUUUAAAUGUCUUGAAUGGAUACCUUUUGAAAAAUUUGAAAAUGUUACCUAUCUUACCAGGGGUGGUUUUAGUAAAAUUUAUUCGGCUGACUGGCCUGAAGGAAAUAUUGAAUAUUGGGAUAUUGAAAAUCAAAAAUGGCACCUAACACCUCCAAAUGUAAAAGUUGUAUUAAAAAGUUUAGAUAAUUCAUCUAAUAUGAAUGAUGAUUUUUUGAAUGAGAUUAAAUAUUAUAUUUCAAGUCAUUUUUCUUGUGUUAAUACCGUCAUAUGUUAUGGAAUAACUCAAGAUCCAGACACCCAAAAUUAUAUGAUGGUUUUACAAUAUUAUAAGAAUGGAGAUUUGAGAAAUAAUUUAAUGAAUGAUUUAGAAUAUGGAAAUAAAAUUCGAUAUUUAUUUACGAUCAUAGAUGGCCUUUUAGCUAUUCACAACACUGGAAAAGUUCAUAAAGAUUUUCAUUCAGGAAAUGUAUUAUUAGAUGGUAACGUCCUAGCUAUUAGUGAUUUAGGAAUGUGUCAACCAGCAGAUGAUAAUGAGCGAAAAGGAGUUUUUGGGGUAAUACCUUAUAUGGCACCAGAAGUUUUACGUGGACAUCAAUAUACACAAGCAGCAGAUAUUUACUCAUUUGGAAUAAUAAUGAAUGAACUUAUGUCAGAAGAAAUUGCUUUUAAUGAUAUUCCUCAUGAUCGUACUUUGGCCGUUAAAAUAUGUAAAGGACUUAGACCUAAAAUUUCUGAAGAUACACCAGAAUUAAUUGCAAAUUUGAUUAUUAAAUGUUGGGAUGCUAAAGCAGAGAAUAGACCAGCUGCUAAAGAAUUAUUUCAACUAUUAAGAAAAUAUUUCGAUGAACUUAACAAAGAAGUUAGCGAAAUUUAUUCUCAAAUAAAAGAAUGCGAAAAAAUUAAAGUGAAUAAAUUAAAAAACAGAACAAAUGAGAAUAAAUCUAAAAAUUUUCAAACACACCCACAAGCAAUUUAUACUAGCAGACUUUUGAAUUUUAAAAAUCUUCCAGAACCAGUAAAUUCAACCGAUUAUUUAUCUUCAUUUCAAGAGCCCGUUUCAUCAAUAUCAGAAAAUCCAAUUUCUGAAUGCUUGGAUUAUGAAUUAAAUGAAUUCGAUCUCAAUCAAGAAUGA